GCAACACAAGGAUGCAAGCUAACGUCAAAGAAGAAGAAGAAGAGGAAUAGGACUCUCACUUUUUUAGCCCACAAAACCCAGCUAUAGCAAGUUGUUUGUGCGAUGCUGUUGGCACAAAGAUGACCUGCAUGACCCUGUGCUGAUGACCGACAGAGAACAUCACAUUCAGUUGGUCAAACGCGAGGUUCCACACAGGGAGACCCAUGCUUUCUGAUGAGCUUGACUCCAAACCAGAGCUGCUGGUGCAGUUUGUGCAGAACGCGUCCAUCCCCUUGGUGCAGGGUCUGGAGGACUCCGAGUCCAAGCACUCCUGCCUGCCUCUGCUGGCUCCAGCUGUCAGCUCGCUGUGCAGCCCGCUGGAGCUCACAGAUGGAGGCCUGAGCCAUGUGCCUGAGAGUUCUCCCUCCCUGUCAGAGUUCGGAGGUGUGUCUGAGCGAAGCCCAUUAGUGGUCCAGACACACAAUCACUCCCAGGCCUCCCCCAGCCCCCCGCCCAUCCUCCAUGACCUACAGCAGUCCGACAGCACUUCCUACGUCCUACUGAACCUGGCCAAAGGCAUCACAGCCUCUUCAGAGUCCCUGAUCUUCGCCGCAGACGGCGCCGGGGACGAUGACGAUGAAGUGGUCUCCUCGGGGGACUAUGGGAUCGACGGCAGUGCCCCCUGGUAUCUGCGAGUGCAGGAGCUGGCACACGACAGCCUGAUUGCCGCCACGCGGGCACAAAUCGCAAGAGAUGCCCGGGCCAGCCAGGACGCCAGAGCUGCCUGUGUCAGCAAUGGCGACCACACGCACGGUUCGCUGACAGACGGGGACAAGCGGGAGCUGCCGCCUCGGACCAGCCGCCCCCUCUCCAAGCAGAUCCUCCGCUGCUCGUUCGAGGGCUGCUGCAGGACGUUCACUUGGCCAGCUCACCUCAAAUACCACCUGAAAACACACAGGAACGACCGGAUGUUCAGGUGCAGCGCGGAGGGCUGCGGGAAGAGCUUCUACGUGCUGCAGAGGCUGCAGGUUCACAUGAGGACUCACAACGGCGAGAAGCCCUUCACCUGCAAGGAGAAGAACUGUGGCAAGAAAUUCACCACGGCCGGAAACCUGAAGAACCACCGGCGUAUACACACAGGGGAGAAGCCUUUCCUGUGUGAAGCAGAUGGCUGUGGGCGAUCCUUUGCCGAGUACUCCAGUCUACGGAAACACAUGCUCGUGCAUUCUGGUGAGAAGCCUCAUCACUGCGGAAUCUGCGGGAAGACUUUCUCCCAGUCGGGCAGUAGGAACGUCCACAUGAGGAAGAGGCACGGAGAGGAGGGGCUCAGCAGUGAGAGCAGAGAAACAGGAGAGGCUCUGACACAUAGCAGCCUGCUGGAGGCCGACGGCGAAAAUGGAGACACUAUGGUCACCAUGACAACGGCUGUGGAACCCAUGAAUCUUCACCACGCCAUGCUGAGAUCACCAGGCUCUGCAGACUCGGUGGUUGUCCUCUCUCAGCCCCAUGAAUUGGUGACCAUGACGACCGAAGGGCACGCAUACGGUGAAGACGUGGUGGUGCUGUUGUCGUGAGAAAAGCUCAACGCUGCCAGACCGACUGAACGUGUCUGUAAAUAGAUGAAGCGCUGAAGUCGCUCAGCACGUGUAGAUAUCUGUAAUUAUCCACGAUGAUGGCUUUUAUUUUGAAAUGGCAAAGUUUGUACAACCUUUUUCCUCACGUUUGUUUUUAACAAAUACUCCCAAAGAAAUACUGAGACGGGUUUAAAAGUUUAUGAAAAAUAUAAUGACCAUGCAUUGUACAACAUGUAAACAGUCUGCAGUGCAGCGAUGAUGGAAAAUGAGUCCCAUGGCUGUAAAUGUUCCACACGCAAUACCCACGAUCACUACAGAACACAAAUCUACUAAAGCACAGUAUGUCGUGUUGCUGCAUGUAAACAUUGCUCUUGCAAACCCUUACAAGACAGAUCCCCCCUCCCCCCUGUUUAUCAGCCCGAGAAAAACAUCCAUCUCAAGCAAAUUGUGUUUCCGGUAAUGCCCAAAGCUGCAUUAACGGUUAUUGGCAACAUCUCUCACUCAAGCGUCGACCUCCACUUGUUCUCCGAGACAACACAUUGCUCAUUUACAAUAUAUUAACACUUGAGUGCUUUUUUUUUUUUACAAAUAAAUAAAGAAUUACUCAUGAGUUAGCUCUGCCGUUUGUUAAACAGACUGCAGACGUCUGAUUAGGUGGUGUUUGUUACCGAGCAACACCACCUACAGAUCAGCCGUCUCCUGCCUUCUCCUCAGAGGAUCUUCAGGUUGUGGAGGUGAUCCAACGUGGCGCCUAAAGCCCAGCUGGCCUCCACGUUGUUUACUUUCUUGGUCAACUAGGAGAGGGGAAAGAAAAAAAACCCACCAAAUCACUCAAAUGCCUUUUGUAUUUAUUUAAAUAAAAAAAGUAACAGAA